AACAACCUGUAUCAACCGUGUGACAAUCGAGUUGAACCUUUUUGUUUAUUGUUUUCGCUGGCGGGCGGGAGUGAAAUAAAUUGAACGAAUUAGCGUGUAUUUUUGCUACUGCUCAUACCAAAAAUGACUCAACAUGAUGCUGCAUCACAGUGUCGAGUUUGUGAUAAAGCGAUCCUCGCCCAGAAACCGGUACCCAUCUUUUCGCCGCUCGCCGUGGGAAACGGGAAGGAAGCGGAUAUCAGCACGAAAAGCAUCGCCGAGAUGAUGAGCGAAUUGGCGGAUGUAACGAUCAGUCCCACUGAUGAUCGAUCGAAGUACAUCUGCUCCGUUUGCUUAAAAGCGCUCGAAAAAGCCAUUCAUCUACGUCAACAGAUACGAGCCGCCGAAAAGGCUGAGCCAACGCAAUUGCAAUCGAUUCAGAUAGAAAACAUCGCCGAGCAGGACUACAGUUUGGAGUAUUUGGAUGAAUUUAAAGAUGAAAUCGAUAGCAGCGUAAUGCUGCUCCGGGAUACACUUACCGCCCUAUCCGAGGAUCUUGGUGGUGAAAAUGAGCUUCCCGAAAAACAACCAACCGUUCGUGCACUGUCCGAGGUUGAAGAGGACGUCGAAGCGAUCGAACAGGGCAAAUUUACGUUCAUUGUGCCACCGCCGGACCUGAUCGCCGUUCGGAUUGAAUUUGAGCACUUUGAGUACUUGGAGCUACGUGGCGAACGGUGUUGCGGCUGUCCACACAUUGCUGCGUCUCGCGAUGCACUGAUGGUGCACGCAAAGGAAACGCACUCCCAAAAAUAUUACCCCGACGAUAGUAGCUACACGUGCCCGAUGUGCUAUCAAAAGUUUGCCACUGCCAGUGCACUGGAAAGCCACAACCAGUACUAUCUGUACAGUGAUGUGUUUCUGUGCAGCGUUUGUCGCAAUGCGUUCAACUGCCAAACCCGGCUCAUGCUGCAUCUCCAGGACAGCCAUCAGCUAGAACCGUCGCUUAAUGAUGGAGUAGAGAUUGCACCGGCGCAAAAUGAGGCAGAACCGCAUUUACAGGAAAAAGCGUCCCCGGUAGCUGGUACCAAUUUACCACUAACAUUACCGGAACCAAAGUUUAUAAAAGAAACACGCGUUUAUCCACAGUAUCGGUUGUACUGUCUCAGCGCAGAACGGUGCUGCGCCUGUGGCGUUUAUCAAGAAUCGCUCGAACGGCACACCUCCGAAUGUCACGUGGACACGAGCGAGCCGGAAGCGGAUGGGUUGCUCCGUUGCGUUGUUUGCAGCCGUACCUUUCCCACCCACCAGGAGCAAAUUCUGCACGAGGAGGAGCGCAGAAAUACGAAGCAAAUUUACCAAUGUCGAAGGUGCGAAAAGCUUUUCGCUCGAAAGAAUCAGCUUUUGAAGCACUUACAAACAACAGAGUCCGGUUGCAAUGGCCUAGAGGGAAAGAUUGAAACGACCAUAAAUGAUGGCGAACGGGACGGCGUUUCAGGAAAUUGCUUUUGCUGCUGCUUUGCACGCUGCAAGGAGGAGUACGCAAACGAACGGGAUCUGCUCAACCACGCCCAGACCGUGCACGGCGGAAGAAGAAAGGAGAAUGAAUGCAAGCUGCAGGAACGGUAUGGGACGGCAAUACCGGAACGGCACUGCUGUCCCAUCUGCCGGCGAACGUUCGACAGUGAGGAAAAGGUGCAGAAGCACCGCAGCUAUAAGCUCGCCCUGCCCAAGCAAACGUGCCGCCAGUGUGGCCGGGUGUUCAUGAAAGCGUCCGGACUGCGGGAGCACCAGCUAAGGGAACAUUUGAACCUUCAGCUAGAGUUUGGGUGCGAAGUGUGCGGGAAGCAGUUUGUAAAUCGGGCCACGCUAAACAAACACCGCCGGGUGCACGAACCGUCCCGCAACUAUCCCUGCUCGGUCGAGGGCUGCGGGAUGCUGUUUCGCGACAAGCCGCUGAUGCAACGGCACUAUCGCAAUGUACAUUCGGUGGUGCAGGCGUACGAGUGUCCGCACUGCCAGAAGCGCUUCCGGACGAAGGAGUCGCUCGAUAUACACGAGCGGAGUCAUACGGGCGAGCGACCGUUUGCGUGUCGGUACGAGGGGUGCAGCAAGGCGUACGCACACGGCACCGAUCGGAAGCGGCACGAACGGUCGGCGCACACGGGCGAGAAGCCCCACACGUGCACGGUUUGUGGGGCGGGAUUUCUGCGCCGGCGGGAAAUGCGGCUGCACCUCGAGAAGGUUCACGAAUGGCAGGAGAAAUAAAGAGCAUUUUGCUUCGUUUUUAUUAAAAUCA